AUGCGCGGACAAGAUGUGAGAGUGGAUAAUGACGUGAUGAAGAGAGUCUUCGGGUUCAAUUUCGUCGGAAAACGAAGCAAACCGGUGGACUUCAACGCCAAACUUAGAUGGAAAGAACUUUCUCCCCAUACUACGUGGGACUCCCGUGGCAUUCCGAACGGGCUCAUUGAAGACUUAGCCACAGCCUUUGUACACCGGUUCAUCGCCUACAACAUCACCGGGAAGAAGGAGGCAAACAAGGUCAGUGAAACCGAGCUAUAUCUUUUAUGGGCGAUGCGUUCGGGAGUGAAGGUGUGCUCUAUGACCUUUUUGCAAAACUCUUUGCAAGAGGUGGCACUCGGCAAACGUGGCAUUCCGGCCUUGGGGCAUGUUGUCACGGCCUUGGCCAAAUAUUUCGACAUCCCUGAUCAGCCUGUCUUUAUAGACGCGACAUGGUCUUACGAAGGCGAGCCAAUGCGAAACAUUAAUGAACAUGAGCUCCGGACCGCCGACCUCAUUCGGAAUCGCACUACCCCGAGGGAGUACACUAAGCGCAAAGCUUACGACUCUUAUUUCAAGAAGCUCCAGGAAGGUGCGGAACCCACCACUGAUGAGGCCGGGCCAUCCCGACUGGUUGACGAUAAUGAGCAUGAACCGAUGCCUAUGGAUGAAGACCUGACUAAAUCUAGUAAUUAA